AGUGCCCAGCAUGUUCAGCAUUCUGCACACAGCACUAUUGUUUGUAGGAAGCAUUCCCACAUGCUGAGACAGCUGGAAGGGUUUACAUUGUGAGGGGAGGGCCCUUCUUUCACCAUCCUUUGUGUAAGUGGCUUAUCUCACCUCCACUCAACAAGCCCAGUGUAUGGCCUAGAACUCCCAUCAUACCUGUGCACCAAUUGAGGAGAGACACAUGGGUGGGAAACUGCAAUAAAAAGACGGCCCACAGCAGGCUGCAUUCCCACUGCUGGCCAGAGGUGGAGGAACGCUUUGUGUUCUCAUCCGAGCUGCAUGGGAAGUCUGCAUAAAGCAAAGUGACCUGCAUGUCUCACCUUAUGGAAAGGAUGGUGGGCUCUGGCCUCCUGUGGCUGGCCUUGGUCUCCUGCAUUCUGACCCAGGCAUCUGCAGUGCAGCAAGGUUACGGAAAUCCCAUUGAAGCCAGUUCCUAUGGGCUGGACUUGGACUGCGGAGCUCCUGGCACCCCAGAGGCUCACGUCUGUUUUGACCCCUGUCAGAAUUACACUCUCCUGGAUGAACCCUUCCGAAGCACAGAGAACUCAGCAGGGUCCCAGGGGUGCGAUAACAACAUGAGCGGCUGGUACCGCUUUGUAGGGGAAGGAGGAGUAAGGAUGUCGGAGACCUGUGUCCAGGUGCACCGAUGCCAGACAGACGCUCCCAUGUGGCUGAAUGGGACCCACCCAGCCCUUGGGGAUGGCAUCAUCAACUACACUGCCUGUGCCCAUUGGAGUGGCAACUGCUGUUUCUGGAAGACGGAGGUGCUGGUGAAGGCCUGCCCAGGGGGGUACCAUGUGUACCGGUUGGAAGGCACUCCCCAGUGUAAUCUGAGAUACUGCACAGACCCAUCCACUGUGGAGGACAAGUGUGAGAAGUCCUGCCGCCCUGAGGAGGAGUGCCUUGCCCUCAACAGCACCUGGGGCUGUUUCUGCAGACAGGACCUCAAUAGCUCUGAUGUCCACAGUUUGCAGCCUCAGCUAGACUGUGGGCCCAGGGAGAUCAAGGUGAAGGUGGACAAAUGUUUGCUGGGAGGCCUGGGUUCAGGGGAGGAGGUCAUUGCCUACCUGCGAGACCCAAACUGCAGCAGCAUCUUGCAGACAGAGGAGAGGAACUGGGUAUCUGUGACCAGCCCCGUCCAGGCUAGUGCCUGCAGGAACAUUCUGGAGAGAAAUCAAACCCAUGCCAUCUACAAAAACACCCUCUCCUUGGUCAAUGAUUUCAUCAUCAGAGACACCAUCCUCAACAUCGACUUCCAAUGUGCCUACCCACUGGACAUGAAAGUCAGCCUCCAAGCUGCCUUGCAGCCCAUUGUAAGUUCCCUGAACAUCAGUGUGGGCGGGAAUGGAGAGUUCAUUGUCAGGAUGGCCCUCUUCCAAGACCAGAACUACACGAAUCCUUACGAAGGGGAUGCAGUUGAACUGUCUGUUGAGUCCAUGCUCUAUGUGGGUGCCAUCUUGGAACAAGGGGACACCUCCCGGUUUAACCUGGUGUUGAGGAACUGCUAUGCCACCCCCACUGAAGACAAGGCUGACCUUGUGAAGUAUUUCAUCAUCAGAAACAGCUGCGCAAAUCAACGUGAUUCCACCAUCCACGUGGAGGAGAAUGGGAGGUCCUCAGAAAGCCGGUUCUCAGUUCAGAUGUUCAUGUUUGCUGGACAUUAUGACCUAGUUUUCCUGCAUUGUGAGAUUCAUCUCUGUGAUUCUCUUAAUGAACAGUGCCAGCCUUCUUGCUCAAGAAGUCAAGUCCGCAGUGAAGUACCGGCCAUCGACCUAGCCCGGGUUCUAGAUUUGGGACCCAUCACUCGGAGAGGUGCGCAGUCUCCCGGUGUCAUGAAUGGAACCCCCGGCACUGCAGGGUUCCUGGUGGCCUGGCCUAUGGUCCUCCUGACUGUCCUCCUGGCUUGGCUGUUCUGAGAGCUCCGCUGAGCAUCUGGCCUUGAAGUUUGUGUUCUUCCCUCUGGCAAUGGCUCCCUUCAGCACUUCUGCUUUCCACUCCAAUUCACACAGUCUUGGUAUUAACAGACUCAAGGCCAGGCUAGGUUUAGGGAAAGGGAAGAGCCUUCACCUUCUUUAAAACUCUCGGCUGGGUGCAGUGGCUCAUGCCUGUAAUCCCAGCACUUUGGGAGGCUAAGGCAGGUAGAUCACCUGAGGUCAGCAGUUCGAAACCAGCCUGGCCAAAAUGGUGAAACUCCGUCUCUACUAAAAAUACAAAAAUUAGCCAGGCAUGGUGGCAGGCGCCUGUAAUCCCAGCUACUUGGGAGGCUGAGGCAGGAGAAUUGCUCAAACCCAGGAGGUGGAGGUUGCAGUGAGCUGAGAUUAUGCCAUUGCACUCCAGCCUGGGCAACAGAGCAAGACUCUGUCGCAAACAAAGAAAAGAAAGAAAGAAAGAAAAGCAACAUAGUGGGGUUCCUGUCAAUCUGUCCUGGGCUGCCCUUCUCAUUUGUUAAUGGGACCUUGAAAGCAAGCUUGCUAGGUGCCCUCCAUGGCUCCAGCCUUUACCGGAAGUGUGGCGCAUGUUUUUAACUUCAGGGAAGAGGUAUCCUGUCACUGGGGUAUGGGAUGAGCAUGGAGAAGAGGCACCGGCCAUGAUUCCUUCCUAAGCAUCUCCUGUUCUAACUGCUCAUGAAUUGAAGAAACUGACCCUUGUGUUCA